CUGAUGAGUUUAUAAGCCAGGGUUUGGAUCACCAAAACGUAAUUUACAAACAAAUGAACGUUAUGUAACUCGCACCGCUGCGGCACGGGCUCUCCUCUCCAAACCGCGAUGUGAAAUCACGACCGGGCGAGACUUAAUGUAGUGACUUGUGAAAUCCCAUUGUUUCAGAAUUGAUUUCAGUGUGAAAUGCUUAAGUGGAACGGGGUCGUUGCCCGAAGCAAACCAGCGUUAGCAUUGUCAGAUGCUAACACAGUUAGCUCACCAAUAGCAGCAGGUCCGUGUUUUUUUCCACUGACAGCUAGCUAACCAGGCUAACCGAGCCCGUUUUCGAAGGUGUGACUUCAAUGUUUCACAAAAACGAUAUGUAAAACAGAUUAGUGUUCGAGUAGUGGUUUUCCAGCUGAAUAAUGACCGCAUAAAUAACAGUUUUUAAGAUUUUAAGUGAAUAAACUUACCAGAUGGCAACCGGUUUAUUGGAGUAAAAGCGAGCGAUCGACUGAAAGCUAAAGAAAAAAACAACCAGGAACUAUCUCCCGGAUGACGUCAACCAACGUCCGGUGUGAGGACUGACGACUUCCGUGCUUACCCACGUUUUCACGUUUGUCUCACAUGAGAUACAAGUAUUCGUGGAUAGAGAUUGCUUUAAAAAAUAUUCACUAUGAGGCCACUAACAGAAGAAGAGACGAAAGUUAUGUUUGAGAAGCUGUCGAAAUACAUCGGUGAAAACAUUAAACUUCUAGUCGACCGACCUGACGGUUCCUACUGUUUCAGACUACACAAUGACCGUGUGUACUAUAUGAGUGAGAAAAUUCUUAAAUUGGCCACAAACAUUUCCCGGGACAAGCUUGUUUCAGUGGGAACAUGUUUUGGAAAGUUCACAAAGACCAUUAAAUUCCGCCUGCACAUCACAGCUCUGGAUUUCCUGGCACCGUAUGCAAAGUUCAAGGUGUGGGUGAAACCUGGACAAGAGCAGUCUUUCCUCUACGGGAACCAUGUGCUAAAAUCGGGGCUUGGCAGAAUCACAGAGAACACCAUGCAGUACCAGGGAGUCGUGGUCUACUCCAUGACGGAUGUGCCUCUGGGUUUUGGAGUGGCAGCCAAGACUACCCAGGAGUGUCGGCGAGUGGAUCCCAUGUCCAUCGUAGUGUUCCACCAGGCUGACGUAGGAGAAUUCAUCAGGAAUGAAGACACAUUAACAUAAAGAAGCAACAGCUGAACUGUGAAAUGCCCUUUUUCUUAGUCAUUUUACACCAGGUAACCUCUACUCAAAUCCACCCAAAGAAUAAGGUUUUUUAUUUGAGGUGGUUGGAUCUGAAGGCCUGGUUCAAAGGCACUUUAGUAGCCGAUGUGUCAACUCACCCAUAUUUCCAAUGCAGUCUAUGGACUGACAUGAAAACCUGCCAUCCACAGAAUUCAUUAGUCGCAGAGGCUCCUGAUCGAGCUGAAAGGAAAAGCUACGUGUUUCUUUUGUAAAUGUCCUCUUUCAAAUAAAUCCAUAAGAUGUUUGUAUUAA